GCAUUCAACGCCAGGUGUUGUACGCUGAACAUUUUCUUACAAGAAUCUGUUAUCUUCACUUCCCGACUAACCAGCUGGCAAGCUCGGCUCCACCGCCAGCAAUUGUUCAGAGAAUUACGUCUGCGCUCGUAGCCACUGCACAGUUCACUCUCCCCUUCUUCUCUGUUCCCUCUCCAGUCAAAUUAAUUCUCUCGACGUAAUGGAAAUGCCCUUCAAAAUUAUUUCCCUCUAUAUUGCCGUCCUUCUCCUCCUCUCAGCCGUCUUCCUCCCCAUCGGCGGCAAGAAAACCCUAGGGAACCGCCGCGCCGCCACCAUCCACUUCGAUGAAUCACUGACCAACAUCUGGCCGCUGCCGAAGCAGUUCACCUCCGGGAAUCGUACGCUCACUGUUGAUCCGGGUCUCGGACUUGAUGUUCAGGGUUCCGGUGGGAGUUCUUCCAUCGUGCUGGAAGCAUUCGAAAGGUUUAAAAGCGUGGUUUUCAAGCAGCACUCCGGGUAUGCUUGGGGGGAGCACGAUAUCUUGAAGCUGACGGUUGUCGUUGCUUCGGAUGACGAUACGCUCCAAUUAGGGGUGGAUGAAAGCUAUACACUUUAUGUAUCUGAUGGUAGCGAAGGAGGCGGCAGAGGGAGGUUGUCGAUAGUUGGCGGAGUUUCAAUCGAGGCAAAUACAAUAUAUGGUGCACUGCGGGGUUUGGAGACUUUGAGCCAGUUGUUUACGUUUAAUUACAAAACCAAAACUGUAGAAGUGAAUAAGGCCCCAUGGUACAUUUAUGAUGAACCCCGGUUUUCCUUCCGCGGGUUGCUUCUUGACAGCUCCAGACAUUUCCUACCUGUAAACGUCAUCAAGCAAGUAAUUGAAUCCAUGUCUUAUGCUAAACUAAAUGUUCUGCAUUGGCACAUCAUAGACGAAGAAUCCUUUCCUUUAGAGGUACCCGCUUAUCCAAAUUUAUGGGAGGGUUCUUAUACGAAGUGGGAGAGAUACACGGUUGAGGAUGCUUAUGAAAUUGUUGAUUUUGCAAAGAGACGAGGAGUUCAUGUCAUGGCUGAGAUCGAUGUCCCUGGUCAUACUGAGUCAUGGGGUGUUGCUUAUCCUGAUCUAUGGCCUUCUCCUAAUUGCAAAGAACCACUUGAUUUCACAAAGGAAUACACAUUUGAUGUUAUUUCUGGAAUUUUGAAAGAUUUGAGAAAAAUUUUUCCUUUUGAGCUUUUUCACCUUGGAGGGGAUGAAGUCCAUGAAGAUUGUUGGUUAUCAACUCCCCAUGUGAAGGACUGGCUUGAGCAACGAAACGAAACAACGAAUGAUGCCUACCGUUACUUUGUAUUGAGAGCUCAAGAAAUUGCAUUAUCUCUUAACUGGGUCCCGGUCAAUUGGGAAGAAACAUUUAACGCGUUUAACAAAAGCCUCAACCCACAGACUGUGGUGCAUAACUGGCUAGGUCCUGGAGUUUGUCCAAAAGCUGUUGCAAUGGGUUUUAGAUGUAUUGUAAGCAACCAAGGGGUGUGGUAUCUGGAUCAUCUAGAUGUUCCUUGGGAAAAUUUCUACACCAACGAACCAUUAGAAGGAAUUAAUGAUACUCUGCAACAAAAGCUUGUUUUAGGGGGAGAAGUUUGUAUGUGGGGUGAGACAGCUGAUACAUCUGAUGUUCUUCAAACAAUCUGGCCGCGUGCAGCUGCAGCAGCAGAACGAUUGUGGAGUCCAAGGGAGGCCACCAGUCCAGAUAAUCUGAACGCUACUGUUCUACCCCGGCUUCAAUAUUUUAGAUGUCUGCUGAACUACCGCGGAAUCCCAGCAGCCCCAGUCACCAAUCUAUAUGCACGCCAGCCUCCAAUUGGCGCAGGUUCAUGUUUCACUCAAUAAUUUUGAAUUUACUGAAAGCCCCUCAUUAAUUAAUAAUCCUGUGCAAAGAAUCUAUUCCACAUAGUACAUAAAGUUGGGGAAUCUCAAGGCCAUCACUGCGCUCUCCCUGUAACGCAGUAGUUUCAUUGUCAGAAAUUAAGAGGCCUGGAACUGUGGGAAUAAGUUCGUUCAGCUUUCGUUAAGGUUUCCUCUUAGUUUUAUUUGAAGAACCUGUUUCUGUUUUCCAGCUUCAAAUCAUCAUUCUAUCCCAUCAACUUUUAUUUA